AUGGAAGCAUCACAACCUUGUUUUGAAAAUAUCAAUGGCUCUUGCAGAAGAACCCCACGUCGAUUUGCUGAACAGACUGCACUUUAUAUCACAUUGAUAUUAGGUGAUGCUCUCUGCAUCAGUGGAAACGUAAUGGUUAUCAUCUCAAUUUCCUAUUUUAAACAGCUCCAUUCUCCUACCCAUUUCCUGGUACUAUCAUUAGCCUUUGCUGACUUUCUAAUUGGUGUUUUAGUUCUCCCAUUUAGUAUCAUUAGAGUGGUUGAAUCCUGCUGGUAUUUUGGGGAUGAAUUUUGCAUGUUUCACAGUUCUUUGGAUAUAGCAUGUUCUCUGGCAUCUAUUUUUCAUCUUUGUUUUAUUUCCAUUGAACGUUACUUUGCAGUUAGUAACCCUUUGACUUACCAUUUAAAAUUCACUACUUCAGUUUUAAUCCUGUUAGUAUGUUUAGGUUGGCUUGUACCUAUAACUUUUGUGUCAGUUCUGUCCUACUCAAAUACAUAUGCCAAUAGACUGCAUGAUGUUAUUGCAGCUCCCCCAUGCAAAGGAAGUUGUCAGAUGGAAUUUAAUGACUUAAUGACUGUAAUAAACUUUCUGAUUUAUUUAAUUCCAUUUUCUUUAAUGGUAGGGAUGUAUGCUAAAGUUUUUGUCAUUGCUAGAAAGCAAGCUAGACUGAUAGAAAGUAUAACAGUAAAAACAACCACAGUAGAAGAAUACAGUAUCAGAGUGGGAAAAAGAGAGAGAAAGGCUGCAAAAACAUUAGGUAUAGCCAUUGGAGCAUUUACAAUAUGUUGGAUGCCAAUUUUUUUAGAUGUAGCAGUUGACACUAUUUUUAAUGUUAUAACACCAGUAGCACUAUAUGAAGCCUUUUACUGGAUUUCGUACUUCAACUCAUCUUUGAAUCCUCUAAUAUAUGCCUUCUUUUUUCCUUGGUUUCGCGAAACAGUCAGACUUAUUGUAACCUGCAAGAUACUGAGAACUGAUUACUCUGACACAGAUCUUUUCAAAGAAUGA